UCCGCAACCUUCACCUCGCACUGGUCACACGGUUGCUAGGAUCAAGAGAGCGAGAGCUGUCAUGGCGGUACGCUGUACGUAUUCACGUGGUCUGUUCAGCGAGGCAAUAAAGGCUGUUCUGGGCAGCUGGCCGGUGUUGCAGAUUGCGGUGGAGAAUGGAUUCGGUGGCUCUCACAGCCAGGAGAAGGCAGAGUGGAUGGCUGAUGCGAUUGAUCAGUAUUUUAACUCUAAUGCGGAUCUGGAGCAGUUUGAAGUGGAGGACACUAUCAUGGGGAUGAUGAAUGAUGAAUUUGACACAAUUGUUGAGGAUGGGAGCCAGGCUCUGGUGGCCCAGCAGCUCUGUGUGUUGUACUCUCAGUGCCGACAGGGAGACACUGCAGUGGUGCAAGAGAAAAUUGCACAGCUGUCUCAAAAAAAGUACGACGUCCGACGAGCCAGGGUGCAAGAGGUGACACCCAAUGAUGACGAGCAGGAGGAAAGCAGUGAUGACGAUGAAGAGGCCAUGGACUGUGAAAACACUCCAAGUUCCUCUUCAACUGCAAGCACGUCAGGGGCUCUUGGUCCCAGCUCAGCCUCAAAGAAGAAGGAAGAAUCGGAGGAUGAUGGAUGGACAGUGGUGCGCAGAAAAAAUAAAUAAUCUAAUUGAUGUUUUAUGGAAACAUAGACACAGAGGUGCUCUGCUACCUAGUGAACAACUUGAGAACAAAGGUGCCGUCACCUUAACGGAGGCUGGAUUUGCAGCACAGUGGCUGUUCCCUGCGACAAUCAAGGGAUUGUUUGAGACAAUUGCAAGUUGCCAGGGGGUACCUAUUUAGUACUCAUCUGCCAAUGGAAAUAUAUUAUUUAAUUGAUAUACAUCAAGGGUGGCUUCCAGUCUCUGGGACUAUACAGAGGGAACAGCGUACAAAGAGAUUUUUUUUAUGCUUCAGGGACUUGUGUUCCCAUAUAAAUUGCCAUCAGUGCUAAAUUUAAGCCAUUUACAUGUGACUUCUGCUUGUGAGUGUCUAGGAGAGUAUUUGUAUUAUUUCUGUUAAAAAAAAUCAGUCAAAUACCUUUCUAGGAUCUAUUUAGCAUUUUCCUGUACCCCAACUCCUACCACGAGAAUCAGCUCUGCUUCAAGCACUUACCUGUAUCCAGAAGUUUAGUCAGCCCUUUGGGCAUCUGAUGGAUCAGCAGCUCCCUCUCCUGGUCAGGGUUGCUAAACACACUUUAAUAGUGCAUCAAUGAUAGUGGGAGAAUGCAAGCACCACAUUUGCUUUUAGGAUAUUUCAAGGCCAGUUGGUGUCUUAACUAGGAGUUACUAGGCACAACAGCAAAUAUGAGUCUUAAGUGAGCAGUGAAGGGGUCUGCACUUCUGCCCCUGCUAAAUGGCCCCCUUAUAUAUCUCAUUACCUUACAGUGUUAUGCUUAUCGAGAAGCCACAUGGGAUAAGCCCAGAAGUAGGAGCUGGGGGCAGAGGAAUUAUAUCAGGGCUUCUUGGCACCCUAUAACCCCUUUUGCAGCACAGAGCUGGAGGGCAGUUGUCACAGCAAAAACACAUGAAAGGUACUAUGCAAGAGUCAUGUGUGGGUUGACCCUAAACCUGCAAGUUCAGGCUUAUCAAUUGCCCCAGAGGUGAGUCACUAGUGGGUGGCAGGCAGUGUUUGCCACCAGCCCAGCCAAUCCCAGGCCCACUUGUGAUUGGAGAGCACUUAUAUACUCACCCUGCCCCUUUGACAUCUAAGAUGGGGCAGAUUGGGCA